AUGAGCGAAGAUCUAUUGCGCAAAUUUGAAGAUGUCCGAAGAAAAGUCAUUAUCGAGGAGAUCCUCUGCCAAAAACUAUAUGAGCCCCUAGUCAUCAAGCAGACAAUUAACUUUGCUGAGUAUAAAUAAGAAGAAAUACCAUGAAUAUGUACAUAAAGAGAUCGACAAAGCUCAGGAGCUCAGACUUGAGAAGGAAAUAGCAAUGAAGUUGUCUGCAGUAGAUGAUGCUCUGAACAAAGCAAAGGAGAUUCAAGUAGUAACCACUGGUAACAAGCAUCUCAAUGCUUAUGGAUUUAACAAAAAGGAACCUAAACCGAGUAAAAUCCCUGAGCUAUCUAAGUCUAAAGGAGCUUCAAUUACUAAAAAAAAUAGUAUUAUCGGUAAAAGAGACAAGAGAUUUAUGUUCAAUAAUAAAAAUAUGAAAAUUGGAGAAAGAAAAAGGAAUGAAUUCACUAAAUCUACUAAUGAUAACAUCAACGGCAGCUCUAAAUCUCAUCGAUCAAUGGCAAGCUACAAAGCUAAUAAUCUUAAACAAGUAGAAAAGCAAAAGGAAGAGCCUGAAGAAGAGGAGAAAAUCAUCGAAGAUAAGAAACCCAAGAAAUACCAAAACAGACUCGAGAGUAUUUAUGUAGACAAAAUUCCAUAUAAAACUUUCAAACCUCAUAAGGAAUUCAUCACACGCAAGAAGGAACUCAGAGCCAUUGAGGAUGAGUAUGAUGAGGGAAUUGAUUUGAAAGGUCCUCUAGCAAUCCGAGCAAAAUUAUUAUCAAAAGGAAGUACAAAAUCUGAGCUAAAACCGACUAAAUAUUUUGGAUCUUUCCAAACUUUCUGUUUAAACAAGUGAGCAUUAUCGAAAAUAGCCCUUCAACUUCUUUCACAAGAUUUCAGUAAAAUCCCAAAUGGAGACCCACAGGAUCUUCAGUCUCAGUUUUUGUUGUACUAUCAAAGAUGGUUAUAUACCAAGAUACUAAAGGAUAAUUAUGAAUUUUGCCAAAAAUAUGUUGAAAGCUUCGUCCAGCAAGAAAAAGCGAUCAAACUCUAUGUAAACUCAGUAUUUUCAACUGAAAGGGAAAAGCCUGAUCUCUACAAGCAAACAUUCAAUACACUUAUAAAGCAACUAUGUGCAGUAAAAUUGACUCCUAAAAGCAGUCAAGAAGACCCAGAAGGUCCUACUGCUCAGCUUAAAGCACUUAAAAAUGAUCAUAGAUGGAAAAAGAUUGACAGGGCAAUAAAAUAUACACUCUAA